GGAAUGGUGAAUUCGCAAUUAACUUUUCCUCGCUCUGUAACACACCUUCUAAUCGUUUCAAUACAUGCUGGCGCGUGAUUUCCGAUAAUGACGUUGUCUGCAACGUCCCAGUUGGAUUCGAUAAUCCUGAAUUAUUGCAAUACAUUAGCAAUAAUAGUAUUUUCGACUAUGCUCACGUUGGCGAGACCAUAAGGCUUUUCCGGAACGGGCAUAGACCAAAGACGAAUAUCCGUAAAUUGCUUAAAAAGGAAGAGGAUGUGAGUAGUGAGCAACCGGAAGUAACCCCGGCUGCUCUUGAAGAUGAUAAACCGGAUAGAUUCAUGCCACCUUUUGUCAAAGAUCAUCUCGUGCAUAGAUAUUUGAUGGCUUUGCAAAAGGCGAGACCGCACUUCUCGACACCACCAAAGAAAUCAACACCAAAAAAACCAGCAACUUCAACAAAAACCCCGCCUAAGCCGAACAAUUAG